CCUCCAGCGCGAGGCUAAUGGUGGACAGUGAACAGAUUCAUUCAUAAGAAUUCGCACCGAAACAGAAAUAGCCGCUAAUCCUGACUUAUCUCGUUCUCUCCUUAUACCGAAGACCAUCUUCAAACAAUGAUCGAGCCAAAGAAGCGGGGAGCGGACAUGGCGCUGGUUCCCGCCGCUGUGAAGAGACCCAGAAACGAGCUGGUGGCCGCAGCGCAGAGCCAGCAGAUCGCGACCAUGGGGCCUCCUCGCAGCUCCAGUUUGCAGGCUCCUAUAAUGUUGCUGUCUGGGCAUGAGGGAGAAGUCUACUGCUGCAAGUUUCAUCCCAAUGGAGCCACUCUAGCUUCUGCAGGAUAUGACCGCCUCAUCUUGCUAUGGAGUGUGUAUGGAGAAUGUGAGAACUUUGCUACUUUGAAAGGCCACAGUGGAGCUGUGAUGGAGCUUCACUACAAUACAGAUGGCAGCCUGCUCUUCUCAGCCAGUACGGAUAAGACUGUGUGUGUGUGGGACAGUGAGACAGGAGAGCGUGUGAAGCGUUUGAAAGGCCACACAUCCUUUGUGAACUCCUGCUUUCCUGCCCGUCGUGGUCCACAGCUUGCCUGCACUGGCAGUGACGACGGAACAGUGAAGCUUUGGGACAUAAGGAAAAAGGCAUCAGUUCACACAUUCCAGAACACGUACCAGGUACUGAGUGUGACCUUCAAUGACACCAGUGACCAGAUCAUUUCAGGAGGCAUUGACAAUGAUAUUAAGGUGUGGGACCUGAGGCAGAAUAAGCUGAUUUACAGCAUGCAGGGCCAUGGAGACUCAGUGACCGGACUCAGUCUUAGCUCAGAGGGAUCCUACCUACUGUCCAACUCCAUGGACAACAGUGUGCGUGUUUGGGAUAUCCGUCCUUUUGCCCCAAAGGAGAGAUGUGUGAAGAUCUUCCAGGGAAAUGUCCACAACUUUGAGAAGAAUCUUCUGCGUUGCUCAUGGUCACCAGAUGGGAGUAAGAUAGCGGCAGGCUCCGCUGACAGGUUUGUUUAUGUCUGGGACACGACCUCUCGUAGAAUUCUGUAUAAGCUCCCUGGUCAUGCAGGAUCAGUCAAUGAGGUGGCCUUCCAUCCUGAGGAGCCUGUUGUUCUCUCUGGAUCCAGUGACAAGCGCCUGUACAUGGGGGAGAUCCAGUAACGGGUGUGUGUGUGGGUGUGUGUGUGUGUGUGUGUGUGUGUGUCUGUGUGUGAGUGAAUGAGAGAGUGAGCUGUUUAAAUGAUUUGGCGAAAUGUCAUUUUGAAACUGUGCAUAACCAUGGAGAAGAUGUGGGAACGUUUUUUAUGCUUUUAAUAAACUCAUUUUUUUGAGAAAUGUUA